AUGCCACAGAACAGUUACAUCCUGGACGGUCCGAUUUUUGCCGCGUGGAUCGAGCUGGCCCAUUUUCAAAGUUCAAGCACCAGUCGUCCCAGCCCUUUCACCCCGUUCCUCUCUUACAAUGCCUCUUACCCCAUUCACCUUGCCCCGUCCCUUUUCCUGAAUUCGUUUGAACCCGUGUCUGUCACCCUUGCUUCUCACCCCAUGCCUCUCACAUACCCUGUCCCACGCCGUCACAUGCGUCUGCAGGUGGGGCUGCUAAACGCCGACGUGGUCGGCCCCUCACUGCCCAACUUGCUCGCCCUGGACAUCGCCGGCUGCCCUCUGCUCGCUGGACCUAGAGACUACCGGCCGCCCCUUGCUGGCCUCGCCCGAACCCACGCGCCCAUGUUGCCACUGCAGGCGCUCGGCGUGCUCUGCAUGUCCAUGGGCUUCCUCGUGCCUGCUCGCGUGGCCGCUGUGUAG